GGAACAGAGUUUGGCUGAAGUUGGAGGGUUCUGUGGAGCUUAAAGAGAAUGGAGAGACAUGAGGAUGCAAGAAACGGCCUAUCGUCGCUAUCAGAACCGAGCAGCUCGAGCUUGAACAAUGGCAAGCAGAGAGGAGUGGAGAAUAAGAAGAAAGAACCCAAAUCUGUAUCUUUUCUUAAGCUCUUCGCCUUUGCAGAUUCAUACGAUUUCUUACUUAUGUCAGUUGGAAGCGUUGGCGGCAUAGGGAAUGGGGUGGGCAUGCCUCUAAUGACUCUGCUCUUUGGAGAGCUCAUCCAAACGUUUGGAAGCAACCAGGAUACCCACAGCAUAGUUUCUAAAGUUUCCAAGGUGUGCCUAAAAUUUGUGUACUUGGCCGUGGGAGUGGCUGUCGCGGCGUUUCUCCAGGUGUGUUGCUGGAUCGUGACGGGGGAGAGACAGGCUGCUCGGAUCAGAGGGCUGUAUUUGAAAGCUAUAUUGAGACAAGAUGUCGGCUACUUCGACAAAGAAACAAGCACUGGAGAGGUUGUGAGCAGAAUGUCUGGUGAUACAGUCCUCAUUCAAGAUGCUAUGGGUGAGAAGGUUGGGAAAACUGUCCAACUAAUCACAAACUUCAUUGGAGGCUUCACAAUAGCUUUCAUAAGAGGCUGGCAGCUGGCUCUGGUAAUGGUAUCUGUUAUCCCACUUCUUGUGGUAGCUGGAGCGACGAUUUCUCGAUUCAUGUCGCAAAUGGCUGCUAGAGGGCAAAGUGCUUAUGCUAAUGCAGCAAAUGUGGUUGAACAGACCAUUGGCUCAAUAAGAACGGUUGCGUCGUUUACGGGUGAGAAGCAAGCUAUAAGCAGUUACCAGAAGUUCCUGGUAGAUGCUUAUAAAUCUGGUGUGAGGGAAGCUCUGGGUGGUGGAAUAGGAAUUGGUACGGUAAUGCUGGUCAUAUUUUGUACUUACUCUUUAGCUGUUUGGUUUGGUGGAAAGAUGAUUAUAGAGAAAGGAUAUGAUGGGGGACAAGUGAUCACCAUCAUUUUAGCUGUUUUGGAAGCCUCAAUGUCCCUCGGGCAAAUAUUGCCGUGCUUUAGUGCCUUUGCAUCAGGUCGAGCUGCUGCGUCGAAAAUGUUUGAGACAAUUCAAAGGAAGCCAAGCAUUGAUGUCUAUGAUCCAAAGGGUAAAACAUUGGAUGAUAUUCAGGGAGACAUAGAUUUGAAGAACGUGACUUUCAGCUAUCCAACCAGGCCAGACGAAGCCAUAUUCAGUGGGUUUUCUCUUCACAUUCCUCGUGGCACUACUGCAGCAUUGGUUGGGGAGAGUGGGAGUGGCAAGUCAACCGUGAUCAGUUUGAUAGAGAGAUUCUACGAUCCACAAUCCGGUGAGGUGCUCAUCGAUGGCGUUAACCUGAAAGAGUUUCGACUUAGAUGGAUUCGGGCAAAAAUCGGUCUUGUCAGCCAAGAACCAAUACUCUUCACUGCCUCAAUUAAAGAUAACAUUGCAUACGGCAAGGAUGAUGCAACUAAUGAGGAAAUUAAGAGUGCAUGUGAACUAGCAAAUGCUGCUAAAUUCAUUGACAAACUGCCUCAGGGAUUGCAUACCUUGGUGGGGGAGCAUGGAACUCAGCUGUCCGGAGGGCAGAAGCAGAGGAUUGCAAUAGCAAGGGCAAUUCUGAAAGACCCUCGAAUUCUACUUCUAGAUGAAGCGACGAGUGCACUUGAUGCAGAAUCUGAAAGCGUUGUGCAAGAGGCUCUAGAUAGGAUAAUGGUCAAUAGAACUACUGUGAUUGUUGCCCAUCGUUUGAGCACAGUUAGGAACGCUGAUAUGAUUGCUGUAAUUCACAGAGGAAAGAUGGUUCAGAAAGGUUCUCACUCAAAACUCAUCAUGAAUCCGAGCGGCGCAUAUUCACAACUGAUACGCCUGCAGGAAACAAAUAAAGACUCGGAACACGCUUCUGAAGUCGUUAACCGAACAGAGUUUUCUCUGGAAUCAAUGAGACAGUCAAGUCAGAGGGCUCAUUGUUUGAGAUCCAUAAGUAGAGGAUCGUCGGUUGCCCACAGCAGCCACCGAUCUUUGUCUAUGUUUGGUUUAACAAGUGAGCAUGAUCUAACAGAUGCUCGUGACGUAAAAGACAUGAUCGAAGAGCAGUCGAAAGCUCCUCCUGUUUCUCUCCGUCGCCUUGCCGCACUUAACAAGCCAGAGAUGCCCAUGCUUCUGAUGGGAACAAUUGGGACAGUGAUGUGUGGGGUGAUACUUCCAAUUUUUGGAUUACUACUUUCAAAUGUGAUAAAGACAUAUUACAAGCCCCCAGAGAUGCUAAAAAAGGAUACCAAGUGUUGGGCUGUCAUUUACAUAGUGCUUGGCGUGGCCUCAUUGGUAGCACAUCCAUGGCGAGCAUACUUCUUUUCGGUAGCGGGAUGUAAAUUAAUCGAACGCAUCAGAUCACUGUGUUUUGAGAAGGUGGUUCAUAUGGAGGUGAGCUGGUUUGAUGAGGCUGAACACUCAAGUGGGGCCAUUGGUGCAAGACUAUCGUCGGAUGCAGCAUCAGUGAGAGCGCUAGUCGGGGAUUCGCUCUCUCUGAAUGUGGGCAACAUUGCAACUGCAAUUGCAAGUUUGGUGAUUGCUUUUAAUGCAAGCUGGGAACUGGCUCUCGUCGUCCUCGCUCUUGUUCCUCUCAUUGGAAUCAAUUCGCUUAUACAGAUUAAAUCCAUGAAUGGAUUUAGCAACAACUCCAAGAGUAUGUAUGAAGAAGCCAGCCAAGUUGCAAAUGAUGCAGUAGGGGGCAUAAGAACAGUUGCUUCGUUCUGUGCGGAAGAUAAAGUGAUGGACAUGUACAAAACCAGAUGUGAAGCCCCACUGAAAUCAGGGAUAAGACAAGGCCUCAUUAGUGGAAUUGGAUUUGGAGUGUCAUUCUUCUUCUUGUACAAUAUAUACGCCAUCACAUUCUAUGUCGGAGCCCGUCUGGUGGACAGUGGCAGAACAACGUUUACUCAAGUGUUUCAAGUGUUCUAUGCAUUGACGAUGGCAGCUACUGGAAUAACUCACUCCAGCUCAAUUUCUCAAGAUACUACCAAAGCCAAGGCUGCUGCUGCUUCCGUGUUUGCCAUACUAGACAGGAAAUCAAAGAUAGAUCCCAGCGAUGAAUCUGGAACAAUAUUGCCCGAUCUUAAAGGAGAAAUAGAGCUUAAACAUAUAAGUUUCAAGUAUCCUUCGAGGCCAAACAUCCAAAUAUUCAGAGACCUAAACCUACACAUUCAUGCUGGGAAGACAAUAGCUCUGGUUGGAGAAAGCGGAAGUGGAAAAUCCACAGUGAUCGCGCUGUUGCAGAGGUUUUAUGAUCCUGACUCCGGCACCAUAACGAUCGACGGAGUAGAAAUCCAAAAGCUACAACUGAAAUGGCUAAGGCAGCAAAUAGGUCUAGUGAGCCAAGAGCCAGUGCUUUUCAACGAAACAGUACGAGCCAACAUAGCGUACGGGAAGGCGAGUGAGGAGGAGAUAAUAAGAGCGGCGGAGACGGCGAAUGCGCACAGCUUCAUAAGCGGACUGCAACACGGAUACGAGACGACAGUGGGGGAAAGAGGAGUGCAGUUAUCUGGAGGCCAAAAGCAACGAGUGGCCAUUGCUCGAGCCAUCAUGAAGAAUCCGAAAAUACUUCUACUGGAUGAAGCCACAAGCGCGCUGGACGCAGAGUCGGAGCGAGUGGUGCAAGAGGCGGUGGACAGAGUGAUGGUGAAUAGAACCACGGUGGUGGUAGCUCAUCGCCUCUCCACGAUCAUGAACGCCGACUGCAUCGCCGUUGUUCGGAAUGGAAUCAUCGUCGAGAAUGGCAAGCACGAAGAGCUCAUCACAAUCAAACAAGGGUUUUAUGCCUCCUUGAUUCAGCUCCACGCUUCUGCCGUUGCUCCCACUCCCAACUCCUCAUCCUAAGCCUUUUUUUU